AUGCCCGUGACCUUUGCCCUCUUGCUCCUCCUGAGCCAUGCCACCGCAGACCCAUGCUACGAUCCAGGGGGCCACCCUCGCUUCUGCCUCCCGCCAGUGACCCAGCUGGCCAGUGUGGCAGCCUCCUGCCCUCAGGCCUGCACCCUCUCCCCAGGGAAUGGCCUCAGCCCCGGAGGCACCUGCAAUGGCAGCCUGACCUUGGCCCUGGGUGGCCCUUUCCUCCUGACAUCUGUCAGCCUGCGCUUCUGCACCCCGGGACCCCCAGCCCUAGUCUUGUCUGCUGCCUGGGCCGCUGGGGGUCCCUGGAAGCUGCUGUGGCGCAGAUCUGCCUGGCCUGGGGCCUUGGGAGGCCCUGAGAGGGUGACUUUCCGCUCCACACCAGGCCCUAAGGCCAGUAUGGCAGCCAGCCACCUCCGAGUGGAGUUCGGAGGCCGAGCGGGACUAGCAGCAGCUGGGCUGAGAGGUCGCUGCCAGUGCCACGGACAUGCGGCCCGCUGCGCCGCCCGUGCCCGGCCCCCUCGCUGCCGCUGCCGCCACCACACCACCGGCCCAGGCUGUGAGAGCUGCCGCCCGUCCCAUCGCGACUGGCCAUGGCGGCCCGCCACACCCCGGCACCCCCACCCUUGCCUGCCCUGCUCCUGCAACCAGCACGCCCGACGCUGCCGGUUCAACUCUGAGUUGUUCAGGCUGUCAGGUGGUCGGAGCGGGGGUGUUUGUGAGCGGUGCCGCCACCACACAGCUGGGCGGCACUGCCACUACUGCCAGCCUGGGUUCUGGAGGGACCCCAGCCAGCCUAUCACCAGCCGCAAGGCCUGCAGGGCCUGCCAGUGCCACCCUAUUGGGGCAACAGGAGGCAACUGCAACCAAACCAGUGGGCAGUGCUCCUGCAAGUUAGGGGUCACAGGCCUGACAUGCAACCGCUGUGGUCCUGGCUACCAGCAGAGCCGCACCCCCAGUAUGCCCUGCCAGCGAAUUCCAGAGGCAACAACCACCCUUGCUACUACCCCUGGUGCUUACAGCUCUGACCCUCAGUGUCAAAACUACUGCAAUAUCUCGGACACCAGGGUACACAUGAGCCUUCGGAGGUACUGCCAGCAGGACUACGUUCUCCACGCGCAGGUGCUAGCGUCUGAGGUAGCGGGCCAGGCAUGGCGGCAGCUGGCCGUGCGCGUGCUGGCCGUGUACAAGCAGCGGGCACGGCCCGUGCGCCGCGGCGACCAGGAUGCCUGGGUGCCCCGCGCUGACCUGGCCUGUGGCUGCCUGCGCCUGCGGCCAGGCAUCGACUACCUGCUGCUGGGCAGCGCUGUCGGCAGCCCAGACCCCGCGCGCCUCGUUCUCGACCGCCACGGCCUCGCGCUGCCCUGGAGGCCGCGCUGGGCCCGGCCGUUGCGGAGGCUGCAGCAGGAGGAACGUGCUGGAGGCUGUCACGACCUGAGGCCUUCGACACCUAGCUCGAGGACGGAGCACUAGGCCAGAGCUAGAACGCCUUGAACCCAACCAAGGAACUUGGAAGCGACGGUGAGCUGAGCCUUCCGCCUCGACGGAGGAGCGUCGGUGGAGAGCCAAUCAGACGUCGCGCAGCCCCUUACGUCACUGUGCAUGCGCCAGCACCGCGCCGGCGUGAGAGACUUAACAGGAGGCGGCAAACUGCAAGCAAGAUUUUUCGUCCGGCAGUCCUCCGUCCGGCAGGCCUGUGGCCUAUUCCCUGCCUGAGAUCUAUUCCCCGAAAUAAAGUCUCAAAUUUU